AUGUGUGAAAAACACAACGAGGAUUUAAAAGUCUUCUGCCAAGAGGAUCAAACACCCAUUUGUGUGGUUUGCCACCUGUCCCGAGAUCACAGAGAACACACGGUGGUUCCCAUAGAGGAGGCUGCUGAGGAUUACAAGGGGGGAGGUUGCCUGGUUCACUCCCCAUCUGGGGCAGGUUCUGUCAGUGACACGAUCAGACCCUGCCCCAGGGCUGAGCUCUGCCCCUCACGCUCUGAUUCUCUCUCUGCAGCGAAUGUGACCCUGGAUCCAGACACGGCCCAUCCUGAACUCAUCCUGUCUGCGGAUCGGAGGAGUGUGAGAUAUGGAGGCGUAUGGCAGCAUCUGCCCGACAACCCUGAAAGAUUUGACACUAUGUGCUGUGUGCUGGGCUGUGAGGGAUUCACCUCGGGCCGACACUACUGGGAGGUGGAGGUGAAGGUGGAGAACAAGGAGUUCUGUUUUGUGGGGGUGGCCAGAGAGUCUGUGAGCAGGAAGGGACAGAUCUGCCCUAAACCUGAGCAGGGGAUCUGGGCUGUGCAGGUCUGGGAGGAUCAGUACCAGGCUCCCACAUCCCCUAUGCCGAUCAUCCCCUUGUCCCCAAGCCAGGCAUCCCACAGGAUCCGGGUUUAUCUAGACUAUGAAGGGGGCCGGGUGCAGCUUUUCGAUGCUCGUAGCGGGGAACCGAUCAUCACUUUCCCACCGGCCUCUUUUGCCGGAGAGAGAAUCCGCCCAUUCUUUCGGCUUAGCACUAUUGUCCCGCACUCCCCGGCUCGGGCUACUAUGCGGCUCCUCUACCUCCCACCCUCCUAA